GCUCAGCCAGUGCCGUCCCCAUCCCACGAAUGAAUGAAAAAGGACUGUUGCAGCUUUCUGUUCUGUCUAGCACUGCACACAUGACUGAGUAAGAUGCAGCAAGUUAAAGUCUCUGGUGGGUGCAGACUUAGAAUUCAGGCAGAGUCAUCAACAGUUCUGUUCCCAUCUGCACAGAGGCUAAAAAGAAAUCCAGAUUCCAACAUUCCUAUUAAUCCUGUGUUCCAGAAGUCAUAUAAGGACGCGGAGCUGCUGUAUGAGUUUCUUCUGGGGGGGCUGAAAUUUGAUGACAAUUUAGAGUGCUCCCUGAAGGAUGAAGAGCUUGCAUCGCUGAGAGCAGCAAAGAAGUUUAAUGUUAUUGUCAAUCACAUCAUUCCCAAGGACAUCGCUGAUAUCCGAAGGCUUACUUACAGACUAUCCAAAUACGUUGGACAGCUUAAGUCAGAGGACUUUGAGAGGACGCUGCUGACCUUGGUGUUCACAGCUUACCAGGCAGUAAAAUUUAAAGGACACCAACAGGACUACUGGGAAGAGUCACUUGUAAAUCUCUUUCAAGCUUUAAGACAAGAUUUGAUGUCUUAAUAAUUCUGAUUUUGGGGGUGUUGGAAGAAGUUAAGCUUAGUGGAGUUUAAUUCUUGAAUAUUUAACUAUCUCACUUCUAGUGAUUUCUUAAUGGUUCCCCUAGUUUCUUUAAGCAUUCCGAAUUAGCCUUUUUUUUGCAGGAUCUGCAUUAAAAUGCAAGCAUUUUCUACCCUUUUCACAAAAAAAGAUGACUAUAUGUAACAUAAUCCUCUCUAAUCCAAAAAUAUAAGUGAUGGUGAAAUGCAAAUAUUUUGAAUAUUGGGCCAUUAAAGUACAAAAAAGAUUGGGAGAUUCAACUAUAAAUGCAUCUCGAUCAAAUAAAACUUGACCAAAACUAUUCAAAGGAAUGAUACAGUGAAGCAUAAGACCUUCAAGCAUUUAACUGCGGGAAACCGAAUCUGCGGAUACAGGGGUUCUACUGUAUAUCUGCUAAAGUGUAUCACCCAACUGCAAUUGGCCCUCAAUGCCAACUUAUGGGGAGCAUAAGUGAAUUUCAAUCUUUUUUUCCCCCAAUCAAAUCAAAUCAAAUUUAGUCGUUUUAUGCUGGCUCCAAGAACGGGCGGCACGGUGGCACAGUGGUUAGCACUGCUGCCUCACAGUGCCUGAGACCCGGGUUCAAUUCCCACCUCAGGCGACUGACUGUGUGGAGUUUGCACGUUCUCCCCGUGUCUGCGUGGGUUUCCUCCGGGUGCUCCGGUUUCCUCCCACAGUCCAAAGAUGUGCGGGUCAGGUGAAUUGGCCAUGCUAAAUUGCCCGUAGUGUUAGGUAAGGGGUAAAUGUAGGGGUAUGGGUGGGUUGCGCUUCGGCGGGUCGGUGUGGACUUGUUGGGCCGAAGUGCCUGUUUCCACACUGUAAGUCUAAUCUAAUCUAAUAAGGAAAGUGGGUUCCUAUUAUAAAAAUCUGUCACUUACUUCUAACUGAUAGAGGCUGGUGUGCAAAAUGGAAGUGUUACAUUGGUACAGUGAUGAGUGUUCUUCUGAGAAUUAAGUGGAGGGUGGGAGCUUUAUUCUGCAGUUGACUAUACUGGGGAUGGUUGUAGUGGGAUGGAUAGUACUGAUAUGGAAUGCCUAAAGGGUUUUCAACUCUAGCACUAAUAUUCUAUCAUUUUAACAAACACGAAAAUUGAUCACUAUGCAUUUCCUGCAAAAAAAAGUUUGCACUUAAUUAACCAGAAUAGCAUACGUUUGUUAAAGAUUUAGAAAUAUAAACAGCUGUUCUAUUUAAAAUGCAAUACAAUAUAGAAUAUGAUUGAAAUGAAUGCUUUUCUAUAACUAAAUUGCUAUCGUUGUUUGAAUAUUGCCAGGCGGAGGGGUUAUUUUCAGGGCUUGGGAUUGCGAUGUGCUGAAAGUGCAAUCUUACCAUCAACAUCGCAGACUGACUUAGUAAGGUGUUCGUUUCUAUUUGCCAGAGUACAUUUGAAAUCGCGGUGACAGUUUUUCACAAGUGACUCAAAAAUACUAAUUAAGAGGAUUAUUGGGUCGAGGAAUUCAAUGAUACAUCUUGUACGUAUUGAGAUACAUUCUUAGAAAAGCUGAAGAAGCCAUAUAUUACCACAAACUCAGAAAAGGAUAGUAACAUAAAAUUUGCUCCGAUUAUAAUGCCUCCAACCCUUGGGAGGAGAACCAAGAUGAACUGGAGACUGUGGAAAAUCUGACUGUGUUGCACGUCACUUAAAUCUUCUACUCUAAUAUGAGAAAUAUCAUCAUUUAUUUACAGUUGAUACAUGAAUCACACGUAUGAACCCGUCACACCACCCUAACAUUCAUUGGAUCAUUAAAUAUGGCUGAUUGUAAUUGCAGGAACAAAUAAAUCGGCUGACCAGGGCAGGAUGUCUGCAUUUUAUUGUUGCACAACAUCUGAAAGCUUUCCUCUUGCGUGUCUGGUCAAAGGUGCAUAUCACAUAGGGGUGGAUGGUAAAACUAUUGAACUAUAGAUAGUAUUUAUUGUAUUCAUUGAAGAAGUAAGCAUUGUUUCUCACUCCUCACUGUGUGCCUUUUCUCUUUUGAAGUCCAUCAGCAUUCCAUUCCCCUAUGAUUUCCUUGGAGGAAAGGGGAGAGUUUGUCCAAUUACGACCUGUGAACUUUGCAUGGUGAAAGGUAGAUAAUUCAAUGGCAGUCCAUGAUAGCAAAAAUAUAAUUGUUACCUACUUCUUAAAUAGUUGAAAUCCAGAGCUUUCCUUGUACAAGUGAAGUAUCCAAUGAUACUUGUCUGGAUAUCAAAACUGCAGGUACGUUCACAGCUGAAGAUCUUGACUCAGUGAUCUAUUUCAGAGAUCAGUAGCAUCAAAAAGUCCUUCCACAGAAUCCACUCACAAUGCUGUUAACAGAAAAAUGUCCUGUUCCCAUUUUGGCAGCAACACUUUGCAUGGAAAAAAAUUCAAUAAUGAGUUAUAAUGGUCGCUUAUAUUUUUAAAAUUUCUUUUUAUUAAAUACUUAAGUGUUACUGGGCCUUUAACUAUCUUAAGGAUUCAUUCAA